UGCGAGAGGACGUAAACAAGGAGGGCAAACUUUUUGUGAUUUCCUUUUAUGAAGGUCUCCAGCGUGUUGUGCUGUUCACUGAGGAGCGACGGGUCUUCAAGAUGCUCUGUGACAAUGAGAAGGUGCAGGUUGCUCAACAGGAAAUCGUCCUGGCACUACGGCAUGUGGGCCUAUCGCUGGUGAACAACAGCACCAGCCAAGAGGUUGCCUUCAUUGGGAUCACAAGCUCUGAUGUUGUGUGGGAAUUCAAACCUAAGAAGAAGAGUCGAUGGAAGCCUCUGACCAUUAAAGAAGCUGAAGUUAUGGAGGACAAGUUCAAAGACUACCUGGAAUCUGGGGCCGUAGACAAGGAAAUUUUCGAUCUGGAAAACGGCUUUCAG